AUGCCUCCGCAGCCGAGCGAACCGGUAAGGCAGUUAUGCAAGGAAUUCCAUCUCACUGAUGUUCAAGUUAACCAACUUAUGUCUUCUUUUUUGGAGGACGUAAAGCUUGGUCUGGGGAAGGAUACACAUCCAAAUUCAAUUGUAAAAUGUUUUAUAACAUAUGUGCAGGAUCUUCCAAAUGGGAAAGAAAGGGGAAAAUUCCUUGCGCUUGAUCUUGGAGGUACUAAUUUUCGUGUUCUUGUUAUUCACUUGUCUGAGAAGCACUUUGACAUGAAAGCCAAGAUAUUUGCAAUACCACAAAAAAUUAUGGUGGGAACUGGAACACAGCUGUUUGAUCAUAUAGCUGAAUGUCUAGUGGCAUUUGUUAAGGAGCAUCAGUUACACACAGAAGUACUGCCUCUAGGAUUUACAUUCAGCUUUCCAUUAAUGCAGAAAGGACUAUCUGUAGGAAUUCUUGAAAGGUGGACUAAAGGCUUCAACUGCUCUGGUGUUAUUGGACAAGAUGUAGUUCAGCUGCUGAGAGAUGCACUGGACAAAAAACCGGAUGUGAAGAUUAACAUUGCUGCAGUUCUUAAUGACACUACAGGUACGCUGAUGUCAUGUGCAUGGAAGGAUCACAACACAAAAAUAGGACUCAUCAUUGGAACUGGUACAAAUUCGUGCUAUGUAGAAAAAACUGAGAAUGCAGAACUGUUUGAUGGCGACAGGAGCAAACCAUAUGUAAUCAUCAACACAGAAAGUGGAGCAUUUGGUGAUGAUGGAAAACUUAAUUUUAUUAGAACAGAAUAUGACAAAGAUGUAGAUGACAAUUCCAUAAAUCCUGGAAGACAACUGCAUGAGAAGAUGAUAUCAGGAAUGUAUAUGGGAGAAAUAGUUCGACUGAUAGCUGAGAAAGCUAUUAAAAUGAAUGCCAUCCUGGGUGGAAAAGGUUCUGAUGCAUUUCAAAAGCGAGGGGGUUUCUUCACUAAAUAUGUAUCUGAAAUAGAAAGUGAUAAACCAGGUUCUUACACAAAUGUUAAGAGAAUAAUGAAUGAGCUUGGUCUUCCACAUGCAACUGAACAAGAUUUUGUAGACUUCAGACAUAUGUGUGAAGCUGUUUCUUCAAGAGCUGGUGUCAUGGUCUCUGCUUCAAUGGCUACAUUACUUAAUAAAAUGGGUUUUGAACAAGCAACUAUUGGCAUUGAUGGUUCACUCUAUCGAUUUCACCCUGGGUUUGCAGACCUAAUGACAAGAAAAAUUUCACAAUUAGUGAAGCCAGGGAUUAAAUUCAAGCUAAUGUUGUCAGAAGAUGGAAGUGGAAGAGGAGCAGCUCUAGUUGCUGCUGUUGCCAGUCGGGGAGACUAACAGCAGUCAGAGUUAAAUACUUUGUUUUUUGUUUUAAGCAGAUUAGCUUAAAUCUGUCUUUUCUCUUGUAGAAAAAUUAUUUGCCUUAAUGUUUUGUGGCCUGGGUU